CAGGAGGACAGUGGUGACGAUGAUCAAGCCUCUUUGGCUCAAGAGCCACUGACGUUGCCCAGCGUGGCAAAGAGAUCGACCGCGCGAGGGUGGCCGCCAGGGGGCGGCCGCGAUGAUCUCGCAGGGGCAGAGGCUUCUGAGCUCCCCGACCCUGGCGGAGCCGCUCGAUGCUGCGUCGUGCCUGUGGGCGUUGCCGACCGUCGUGGUGGCCGCCUUCUUCUUUCUGAGAUGGCUGCAGUGGUGGCUGCAGGGCGGGGGCUCUCCCGAGUGCGCUGGCCACAGGAGCCCCAAGGGCGCCCCGGUGCGGGAGGAGCUCGGGGCCCAGCCGGACAGGGACCCGAAGUGCCAGAGGGACCCUCGCUCGGUUGGAAGUGGCAUGGACGGAGGCAUACGGCGCAGAGAUAUCCAGGGCACGGCGGAGAAUCUGACAGGCGAGUGAGGCCAAUGUCGCCGCCUACGCGAUGUUUCCGACGCCCCUGCAAUUGAGGGCUGUGCAGCCGCCGUCGCGCUCUCGGGGGCCUCGCGGUGCCGCCGCGCCGCCGCGGUGCCGUCAGAGGCUGCUGUUGCUGCUCCUGCUUUUCGUGUGCGUCGGCCUGGCGGCUGCAGCAGUACCUGGUGCCAGGCAGGUCGGAUUGCUGCGGCGUGGACCUCAUCGUGGUGCUCUUCGCGGUGGGCCAACCUGACCAGCGCGAGCUCGCCUCUCUGGAGGGUCAGUGCCUCUGUGAGCUCCGAGGGGCGCAGCGUCUGUACGCCCUAUGCGGAAGCCAGUGGCACCUCCCUUUGGUCGGGUGUUGCUAAAGGUGCCCCUGGCCCGAGGUGCCCCCAGAAUUUCUAAGGAGGCCCCUACGGCCUCCAAAGCACCGUAAACAUACGCUUUAGGAGCUCCGCCUGGAUUUCUUGGACUAGCGCUGGACCCCCCUUUCCCUGGCGCGCGGAGCGCGCCAGGGGCGGUGCCGGAGGCGCCGCCAGGGGGGGGCCAGACGCCGAUCCAAGGAGUCCGCGCGCAGCUCCAAAAGCUUAUGUUUAUGCUAUUGCGAAGGCC